AUGAUCGAAAAUAUUUUACAUACCAAAGUGAAACUUGGUUUCAAAGGUUCAAAGAAGCAACUUGUGGCAAGAGAAAGUAAGAAAAAGAAGUCAAAUUAUCCUCUCAGUAUUGUGAAAAAAGAAAUCAUCUUUAUUUUAAACGUUGGAAGAGACUCGAUGUAUGCUGGAACAUUUGCAACCAAGUUGGUGUCAUAUUGUAAGUUUUACAAGAACAAAAUGCAAUCUCAAACUGAGGUUCAAGUGGCUGAUUGUUUUACUAUCAACAAA